CAGCACUCGCCGCCUAGGAGGGGGAAAAAAAAAAUUAUCAAGUGUUCCAUCGGUUGAUGGCAAAACCCACAGCAUUCAGAAGCGGCAUCCCAAGUGUGCGGAGUGCCUUUACCAUCUUGCAGCCUUGCGCGCAUGUAGUGGCUGAUGUUACCGCUGCGAUAGACAACACGAUGGCCGACUCUGGCGGGCUUGUCACCACGCUAUCGACUUCCACCCAAGCCUUUCUACAACCUUCGUCCUCUCUCCACUCCGAGGUCUUGGCCUAUGUGAAAUCGAUCCUCGACCCUUUGGCUGUCAAUGUCGCAGCUGCGCAGAAGUUGAGGCGAGACGGCAACAGGAAAAAGAGAAAGCGGAGUGAUGUUGAGCGAGAAGAGGAAGUUCUGCAGUUGCGUCAAGUCUACACAGAUGGCCUGGGGGUAAAGCAGAUAUGGGAGCAAACGAGAAGGAUCUUGGAUGCCUCUUGCAAAGAGACAGAGAGAGACAUCGCUGCCCACAGAACUGGAGUGCAGCCAGACUUCCAGGAGCAGAGUGCCACCAAUGGCAAUGACUCUGAUGAAGUCGAGGCAUUGGAUGGGUCAGAGGAUGAGGAUGAGAUUUCAGCCGACGAUGACGUGCAGGAUGAGGUGCUAGAGGACGAGUACCUCGAUGAAGAGGAUGGUGCAGAAGAAUUUGAUGGUCUCGAAGAUUUUGAGGGCGUCGAGGCGGAAGAUUCUACGUCCGAGGCCGACCAACGGGAUCCUGGAACAUAUGUGCCAGACCCCAAUGGCCUCAACGAUGGCUUCUUCUCCAUCGACGACUUCAACAAGCAGACCCAAUUUCUCGAGCAGCAGGAUGCGCUUGGCGAAGACGACAACCCUAGCGAUGAGGAUGAGAUCGAUUGGGAUGCAGAUCCCUUGACCAUGCCUUUCCAUAAGCCGAAGGCGACUUCCGCCAGCCAAGACAAGAAAGGGAAUGGCCUUUCGGAUGUUGGAGAACAAUCAGAUGAAGAAGAUGGCCCAACAUUUGGAGACGCCGACCUCAACGCAGAAGAUACCGACGACGAUAUGAUGAGCCAGGACGAGGAAGUUCUCAAUGAUGGUGUCGACGGCCUGCAAAACACCAAUGAGAUUCGCUACGCCGACUUUUUCGCCCCUCCGCCCAAGAAACUGUCCAAGACAACGCGGAUGCGAGCACUACCGAAGACUCAACCGAGCACCCGACCCCAAGCGCCCACUCAAGACUUCGAGAGCGACAUGCAGCGAGCGAUUUCCGAUGUUCGACGUGACUUACUCGAGUCGGAGGAGGAAGACUCUGACUUGGAAUCUGGAAGUGAUAUGGAGGGCGUCAAGAGGUCAAACCAGAACUUGUCAACGCAUGAGAAGCAGCGAGCCGCCAUUGCAGCUGAAAUCCGCCGUCUUGAGGCAGCCAACGUGGCCAAGAGAGACUGGACCCUCUCUGGCGAGGCACGCGCUGCAGAUCGGCCCCUUAACUCCCUGAUCGAAGAAGACUUGGAGUUCGAGCGAGUUGGCAAGCCUGUGCCCGUGGUCACCGCCGAGGUUUCCGAAGACAUCGAACAGCUGAUCAAACGACGCAUCUUGGCUCGAGAGUUUGACGAGGUUGUUCGCCGGCACCCCGAUAGUUUGGGCGCCGCGAACGAAACCCGCAGAGGCCGGGUGGAAGUUGAUGACACGAAGCCCCAGUCUGGCCUCGCAGAACUUUAUGAGCAGGACCAUCUUCGUGCUACAGAUCCAGGCUACGUUGACAAGAGAUCCGCGGCGACAAAGAAACAGCACGAAGAGAUCUCAAGGCUGUGGAAAGAGGUGUCGAGUCAAUUGGAUCUACUGAGCAAUUUACAUUUCAAGCCCAAACGAGUGCAAGUCGAGAUCAAAGCAGUUGAAGACAAGCCCACGAUCAGCAUGGAAGAUGCAAGGCCUGUUGGAAUGGGUGUCAAUGCCGAGGAGAGCAUGCUUGCACCUCAGGAGGUGUAUCGGCCUGGUGAAGAGACAAGGAACAGGGGUAGCUUGGUUGUUCGCAAGAGCGGCGCAAGUGUAAGCAAAGAAGAAAUGACCCGAGAAGAGAAAUUGCGCAGAAGGAGGAGGGAGAAAGAGCGGAUGAAGAAGACACACGGAAAUGCAUCGACUUCAGGUGUAGCUACGAGUGCGCGAGGUAGAGGCGACGAUGCCAGGAAGUCCAAAGCCAAAACCAGAGAGCAAGAGAAGGCGGAUAUCCUGUCUGAGCUUCGCAAAGGCAACGUCAAGGUUGUGGGAAAGAAAGGGGAAUUGCAGGAUCUAGGCGGGAAGAAAGGUAACAAGGGAGGUCUUCCUGGCGGUCUAUUAGCAGGAGGGGCACUCAAGUUGUAGUUUGUGCUCUUGCGAGAAUGCGUGGUGCUCAUGGUGCCCGUUGGCUGUCAUCAAUAUACCAAGCAUCCUAUCGAGUACCACUAGUUAUUGCACCCCACGGCAAAGAUGGCAGCCGGGUUAUGUUCGGCUAAUCAAAGUCACUUCAACUCCUCACAGACAAU